UAGUAAACAAAAGUAGGUCAAGUAGGCCUCUUCCUCGACUGGAUAAGAUUAAAAUACUACAAUAAGUCUAUUCUUGGGAACCAUAGCUAAGAUACAGGACUAGAAGAAACAUGGCGAUAAAAGUCCUUUGUUAGAAGUUUUGCUCAUCAUGCUUUUUUCCUCCAGAUGUGAUUUUCCCUUCUGACACCAUGGCAGCUCGAUUUGAUGUUCCACGGAAGCGCAGCAAUAGUUUACCAUUUUUACCACCUUUCAUGUCUGAGCUGAGGGUGGUGAUUCUGGGGAGCGGCUGGGAUCAGAGGAGCUCUGUGGGAAACCUGUUACUGAAUGUGGUUGUGUUUGAUGCAAAGAAUGAACCUGAAAGCCCAACAGACAAACAACAGGAAACUCCAAGACAAGAAGAUCUCAGUGAUCAACUGUCCAGACCUGCUCCAGCUCGACCUCACUGCAGAUGAACAGAUAGAGUUAGUCAGAGACAUAGCAGACGUCUGUGACCCUGGUCCUCAUGUGUUCCUGCUGGUUCUACAGCCUGAAGACUUCACUGAGCAACACAACAUCAGACUACAGUCAGUCCUGAGGAACUUCAGUGAGCAGAGCUUCCAACAUUCACUGGUUCUGCUGACAGCAACAAAAGAGACAAGUGUAAUGCAGGAUUAUGUGACUCCUCCCCCUCUGAAAGAUAUGAUUAAAAAGUGCAAAUACAGAUAUCAGUGGGUGAAGAGCCUUGAAACAAAUAUGAUCUCUGAAGUACGUGAAGAGCUCUUGACUAAAAUAGUUCAGAUACUUAAAGAGAAUGAUGAAAAACAUAUUAUCCAUGAUAUAUAUGAGGAUGCUUCUCCAGCGGCUCAUCAGACCAAAGAAAGAGAAGGCCUCAUUCUUACUACAUUUAAAAAAGGAAUUAACAUAGUCAAGAUGUCACGUUCUGGUACUGGUUCUGACUCUGCACUCAGGAUUGUUCUGAUUGGAAAAAGUGAUGACAAAAAAACAAAAAUGUUAAAUUUUAUUCAAUCAGAAAAUCAAUGAGAAUUUUGAUUCACCAACACAACAAAACUUUAUUGCUGCUAAGAUUUGGAAAGAAAAAACACCAGUGGUAGUGAAGACCCCAGACCUGUUCAGUCUGUCUGUGGAAACUGUGAGAGAAGAAAUGAAGAAAUGUGUGUAUCAGUGUUUUCCUGGACCCAACGUCCUGCUGCUGCUGGUGAAGCCUUCAAACUUCACUGAAAACAACAGGAAAACUCUGACCUUCAUCCUGAGUCUGUUUGGUCCAGGUGCCUUUAAACACUCCAUGGUGGUUCUCACACACAAGCGCCAGAUCACCCUCAGUGUUUCAAAGCUCAUUAGUGAUUGUGGAGGAAGAUUCUACAACAUGUUUGAUGGAAACCACAAACACUUGAUUGAUUCUCUCAAGAGAAUUGUAGAUCAAAAUAAAGCAUCAUUCCUUACCCUCACUGUGGAGCAGAAACCCUCUCUGAACCUGGUUCUUUUUGGAGGGAGCAGAACAGAGAAGACCUCAGCAGCUGAGUCCAUUUUAGGGCGAGCAGAGCUCCCUGCAGUGAGUAGCACAGAGCAGUGUGUUAAACAUGAGGGAGAGGUCUGUGGGCGUCGUGUGUCUCUGGUGGAGCUGCCGGUUCUGUCUGGAAAACCUCUGGAGACAGUGAUGCAGCAGUGCCUCCAGUGCAUCUCCCUCUGUGCUUCCGAGGGCGUCCAUGUCUUCAUCCUGGUUCUACCGGUGGCUCCGCUCACUGAUGAAGACAAGGCCGAGCUGAAGAUCAUCCAGGACACACUCAGCUCUCGAGUCCGUCUCUUCACUGUGAUUCUGUUCAUUCAUUCAGAGCCCACUGCUCCAGCUGUGCUUCAGUUUGUCAAAGGAGACACAGACAUCCAGGAGCUGUGUCAGAGCUGUGGAGGAGGAUAUUUUAUAUUCAACCCCAGAGACCAACAGCAGGUCCCUCAGCUGCUGGAUUAUUUAAACAGACUGAAGACCAAGAGUUUAUCUUGCAGUUACACCACAGAGACAUUUCAACAAGCUCAAAUAGAGAAGAUUUCAGCUCAACACAAAGAAAUUGAGGACAUGAAAAGUAAAACGAACAGAUGUGAGUAUAGUUGUUAAUAAUUUUAUUUAUACUAGAGACAGGCAUUCGAUUAAAAUUUCUUAAUCGAUCAUCGGGAGAAUUAAUUUUCAAUUAAUCAUUAACAUUUUUAUGUUAAAAUUAUCAUCAUUAUUAUUACUAUUACUAAUCUGCAUAAAUAAACUCAAUUUUACAACAUAUAAACCAGAACCAGUGUAGAGCCACAUCAGCCUGUUUCAGAUUAAAAUGUGUUUAAUGCAGCUUUGACACGUGUUUAUGUUUUGCAGAAACGAAACUUAAGGCUUCCAAAAAAGUGGGCAUGGCCCCAAAUUUUAUAUUCUUCCAUUUGGUCAUUUUAGAAAUUUUUUACAAUUUUUUUCCCACUCAAAUCUGAGCUGGAUCAUAGGAGAGGGCGGCUGAUUUCAUAUGGACUGACCCUUAAAAUAAAUUUUGAUUGAAAUUUGCAGCUUCGCUGCAUGUAAACCAUGACAGUUAUCAGAAUAAAUUGGAUAACUUUAGAUGUUCCACUUCUCUAGAUGAUGUACGGUGAUUUUUAGCCCUGUGGGUGAAGCGCCUUCAGAGGAGUUCAUUCAAAUGCCACGUCAGCGAAAAUGCGAAGUCAGCAUUUACACAAUUUUAAUCCAACAUGGCCUUCUGGUUUGUCAGGGAGCUAGGCCAUAAUAAUAUAUGGCCCGAGCCUGUAACGAAGUAACUGGCUCCUUUCCUUACAAACAAUCUCAAUUUUGAGGGCCUAAAUGUCGACGAAAAGUCUCCAAACCGGGCAUCAGAUCAACCAGUCCAGUGAAAAAUUUGAUAAAAUGGGGAUCGCGACAAUGCCCAAAGUG